AUGUUGUUUGGCGUUAAGCUGAAGAAUGAAAUUUAUCCUCCUUGGAAGGACAACUACAUUAAAUAUGAUCAUCUGAAACGGCUGUUGAAAGAGAACAUCAUUAGAGGUUCCCACUACAGUGACAGCAAUGAGACCAAGGAUGAUGAGGUCUGGAAUGAAAAAGAUGAGGAAAAAUUUGCUGAAGAGCUAGACGCAAAUUUGAGUAAAGUGUUCAAGUUUCAAGCUGAAAAAUAUGAAGAGCUUGAUUCUAAGAUUGGGGAGCUGGAGCAUAUCACCGAAAGAUAUCUGGAUGAUAAGUCAAAGUUUGACCUUUCGGAAUUCAGAAAAGAUUUGGAGCACGUUGUGUCUCUGGCCAACGAACUGGAUCAUUUUGCACGACUUAAUUUUACUGGGUUCCUUAAGAUUGUGAAGAAGCACGACAGAUUGCACAAGAAAUACUCUGUGAAGGCGCUUUUGAACGUUCGUCUUAAGAAUCUACCUUACCACACCGAAGAUUAUUCCCCUUUCUUGUACAGAUUGUCAUUCUUGUACCAGUUUUUGAGGGACAGUUUUAGAAUUGACUACGCAUCUGAGUCGUUGUCUAGAUCCCUUAGUCAAAAUGCUCCCCAGAGUUUCAUAAGUACUAACUCUCACACAGCAAGUGACUCCGGCAGCGACAACUUCAAAGUCUUGAAAUUCUGGGUCCAUCCAGAAAACUUAAUGGAAAUCAAAACCACGAUUCUGCGACAUCUUCCUGCUCUGAUUUUCACUGAUGAGUCAGGAGAUGACGACGACUUGAGUGAUCCUGUGAUAAGUACAUUAUACUUUGACAACAGAGGUUUUGAACUUUACAAUAACAAGCUAUUGAAAAAUUUGAAGGAAACACCGACCCUCCGAAUCCGCUGGACCAGUAAACUGACACCGGGCAAAGAUGUCACUGUGGAAAAGCGGACUUUCCUUAAUGAGACUGGUGUCGAUGAUGAUAUCAAAUUGAAACUGAAAGAAAAGUACAUAAACGAUUUCAUUAAACUUCAAUCUGAUGAGGAUGAUGAGGAAUCGCUGGAUCACUCCACUGACUAUGCUUCCUCUAAGGAAUUCAACGUUAAUAAGUUUACCUCCAAACUUACCAAACGUAACCUCCCUCAGUUAACAAUACAGGAUGAACGCCAAAAGUUUAUAAGCUUGCAAAAAUUCAUCAGAGAACAGCGUCUAGAGCCUGUAUUGAGAACGGUAUUCACUAGAACAGUGUUCCAAGUCCCUGGUGAUGAGGAUAAAAUCCGUGUCGUUAUUGACAGUGACAUGCUUUAUAUUCGUGAGGAUUCUUUUGACAAAGAUAGACCCAUUAGAGAUCCAAAAUCUUGGCACAGGCGUGAUUUGGAUCAACCAAACCUUGUUAACCCAUUUGACGUCCUAAGGGAAGGUGAGUACGCAAAGUUCCCUUACUCGAUUAUGGAGAUAAGGGUGAAUGAAAGAAUAUACUCUAAUCCUAAUUCCAAGACUUACAAGUGGGUUAGAGAUUUGGUCAAUUCGCAUCUGGUUAAGGAAGUUCCUAACUUCUCCAAAUUCAUCCAAGGUAUUUCUUCGCUCUUCUUGGAGGAUGAUAAUCUAGACAUUUUGCCCUUCUGGCUGCCAGAUUUGGAUCAAGACAUAAGGAGACCACCUAAAGGUGCUGAUUACACUGAUAAUACGGCACCGAUUGUCCCCACUGAGUCAAAUUUGAAGCAACUUCAUGAAAAGAUUUUGUCUCCAUCGAUCAACCCGACAAGCGGAGUCAACAAUCCAAAACUGAAUAACAUCAUUGAGGAGAGAGAUGAUGUAUUUGACCUGGAGGAACAAAGUGAUGAUGAUAAUGAAUCAUCUUCAUCGUCUGCUCGCAGGCUCUCUCUGGCAACUGCAAGAAUCCACAACAGAAGUGCUAACCGCAAUGUCUCCAGUAAACUAGAUUAUGAAUCUGAAGACGAGGAAGUAAUUCUACCUGCUGGUGUCAAUAAGCCUACCGAGUAUCUUAAAAACUUGGGCCCUGUCCGAGUGGAAGCCAAGGUCUGGCUGGCUAACGAGAGAACAUUUUUGAGGUGGCUGCACGUGACGACGAUGCUUACUACUUUGACGUUUUUGAUCUAUUCAACGGUUAAAUCGUCGCACAUGCCCACAGUGGCCACUGUGUUGGCCUAUCUGUAUUUUGCAAUGUCGAUCUUCUCAGCAUUGUGGGGCUACUACAUCUACAUGACCCGACUGGAAUUGAUUAAGAAGAGGUCAGGCAAUCACUUUGAUGCCGUCCCUGGUCCCAUUGUUUUGGGAGUAGUGCUUCUGGUUGCCCUUUGGUUUAAUUUCUUUGCUGGUGUAAGAAAGGCUUUCGAAGUCGCAACCUUUGGUGAACUAAAUCCAGAUUCAUGGAACGACUACUUGAUUGCCAAAGUGUUCAACAUGAUGGAUAAAUAG